AAAUGGAAACCUUAGACAAACAUGUGAAUACUUUUGUGGACUACAUGUUCGGUCCUAGAGAUCACAGGGUUAGAGGAUGGCUUAUGCUGGAUUCCUAUUUACCUACAUUCCUCCUUACACUCUUCUACCUAUUCACUAUAUGGCUGGGAACAAAGUAUAUGAAGGAAAAACCUGCAUUCUCUCUCAGGAUUCACUUAAUAAUAUAUAACCUUGGAGUAAUGCUUCUCUCGCUCUACAUGUUUAUUGAGCUGGUCCUAGCAAGUUGGGAAGGAAGGUAUAACUUGCAGUGUCAGAAUCUUCACAGUGCUGGUGACGCCGACGUCAGGGUGGCUAAGGUGCUGUGGUGGUACUACUUUUCUAAAGCUAUUGAAUUUAUGGACACAAUAUUUUUUGUCUUACGGAAGAAGAACAGCCAAAUUACAUUUCUUCAUGUAUAUCAUCAUGCAACAAUGUUCAACAUCUGGUGGUGCGUCCUUAAUUGGAUACCUUGUGGCCAAAGUUUCUUUGGUCCAACAUUGAACAGUUUUAUCCAUGUAUUAAUGUACUCAUAUUAUGGUCUGUCCACUAUUCCAUCCAUGCAGCCUUAUCUUUGGUGGAAGAAAUAUCUUACUCAGGCACAGCUGAUACAGUUUGUGCUUACAAUUAUCCACACACUCAGCGCAGCAGUUAAACCAUGUGGAUUCCCACUUGGCUGCUUGAUGUUCCAGUCUUCCUACAUGCUCACACUGGUCAUCCUGUUUAUAAACUUUUACAAAAAGACAGGCAAGAGAAAUAAAGUUGCAGAGCUGUGGGGAAAGGGUGGGGGCGGAAAUAAGGCUGAUUGGAUUGGAUUGCUGUACAGAGAGCUGGCACUGUAUGGACCAAAUGACUGUUGUUAG